GAAGAGUGAAAGUGCACAUGACCAGGGGAGGGGCAAAGGAAGGGAGAGAGAGAAUGAUGAAGACAAACUCCAUACCUUUUAUGAAAAGUUAAUGGCCACAGAAGGUGCUGCUGAUUCUCUGGGUGAAGUGGAAGGGUAUGUGGUCCAAAUCAGUGGUGGAAAUGACAAUGAGACCUUCUCCAUGAAGCAGGGUGUCUUGACCCAUGGCUGUGUCUGCCUGCUGCUGAGUAAGGGGCAUUCCUGCUACCGACCAAGGAGGACUGGGGGGAAGAAGCGCGAAUCUGUUCGGGGUUGCACUGUGGCUGCCAAUAUCAGUGUUCUCAACUUGAUCAUUGUGGAAAAGGGGGAGAAGGAUAUUCCUGGACUCACUGGUACUACUGUGCCUCAUCACCUGGGGCCCAAAAGAGCUCGCAGAAUCUGCAAACUUUUCAAUCUCUUUAAAGAUGACGACGUCCGCCAGUAUGCUAUAAGGAAGGCCCUAAACAAAGAUAAGAAACCAAGAACCAAAGCACCCAAGAUUCAACGUCUUGUUAUUCCACGUGUCCUCCAACACAAACAUCGGCGUACUGCUUUGAAGAAACACAAUACUAAGAAAAAUAAGAAAGAGGCUGCAGAAAAUGCUAAACUUUUGGCCAAGAGAAUGAAGGAGGCCAAAGUAAAACUCCAGGAACAGAUUGCCAAGAGACAGAGGCUGUCCUCUCUGAGAGCUUCUACCUCUGAGUCUGAGUCCAGUCAAAAAGGAGAUUUUUCUAAGAGUAACAAAUAA